AUGCGGAACAGACUCGGCGUAGUGAAAUGGCGGAUCCGCAGUUUGAGCGAGCGAAAGCUAACCACAUCCGCACGCUGCUUUAAAGCAAUCGACAAUGGAAGCGAAAUAGGCAAUAACUUUCCUGCACGCGCAGCACAAUGUCCAAUCAAAGUACAGCGUGCCAGAUCGACUCAUGCUGCGGUGGGUACUGUAUUGGACACCGUGUCUUCAGCUGUAAAAUCCUGGGAUGAGGUGCCUGGUCCCAAGCCUCUACCUCUACUUGGAAACACGUGGCGCUUCGUUCCUUACAUUGGUGGCUAUUCUGUGGAGCAUGUGGACAAAGUGUGUAUGUCUCUACGUCAGAAAUAUGGAAAAUGCGUCAAAAUGGCGGGGCUGUUAGGCAGACCGGACAUGCUUUUUGUCUUUGAUGCCGGUGAAGUGGAAAGAGUAUUCAGAGGAGAAGAUGCCGCUCCACACAGACCAUCCAUGCCGUCUUUAAAUUAUUACAAACAUACUCUGCGGAAAGAUUUCUUUGGCGCUGAGCAGGACUGUGCAGGCGUUAUUGCUGUGCACGGCGAUUCUUGGGCCGCAUUUAGAACUAAAGUUUCGAAAGUGGCGUUGAGCACUAGCAGUGCUGCUCAAUACACCGUCCCUGUUGCGGAGGUUGCUGAUGCUUUUGUAAACAGGAUACGUCAAAUACGAGAUGAAAACUUGGAGACUCCUGGUGACUUUUUGAACGAAGUUAACAAAUGGUCCUUAGAGUCUUUGGGCCUCAUAGCGUUGGACACACGGUUGGGGUGCUUCGAAUCUGUUGAGGGUUCAGAGAGCCAACGACUCAUCGACGCUGUACACACUUUUUUCUUAAGUGUUGGCGAGCUUGAGCUACGAGCACCUUGGUGGAGAAUCUAUCCAACAGCUAUGUUUAGACGAUAUGUGGCUGCUUUAGACACAAUUCUGAGCGUCACUCUAAGGCACGUGGAACGAGCUCUAAAGGAGUGUGAAGCAAACGGAGGCAGCAAGUCAUUGUUGCAAGACUUGGUAUCAGCAGCGGGAUCGAGGGUCGCUGCGGUGGCCGCUUUAGACCUAUUCCUUGUGGGAAUAGAUACGACAUCGAACGCGGUGGCUUCGACGUUAUAUCAACUGGCUUUACGACCCGAAGUCCAAGAACGGUUACACGAAGAAAUAACUAAAGUUUUACAAGGCAGACCUUUGACGCCUGGCGAUAUUAAUCAGAUGCCUUAUUUAAAAGCUUGCAUUAAAGAGGUUCUAAGAAUGUUUCCCGUUGUAAUUGGUAAUGGCAGACAGUUAACUAAAGAUACUGUAAUUUGUGGCUACAAUAUACCAAAAGGCACGCAAGUCAUUUUUCAACAUUAUGUGAUGGGUAAUUCCGAGGAGUAUUUCACGAACGCAUCAGAGUUUCGUCCAGAGCGAUGGAUUCAGCGAUCCAUGUACAAACACCAUGCAUUUGCGUCUUUGCCUUUCGGCUUCGGGAAGAGGAUGUGUCUCGGGCGACGAUUUGCCGAACUUGAAAUGCACAUAGUUCUAUGCAAGAUAGUGCAAGCUUUUAAGAUGGAGUAUCAUCAUCAACCAUUGGAUUACCAUAUACAUCCUAUGUACACUCCGGAUGGCCCUCUUAGACUAAAAUUUAUUGAUAGAUAA